AUUUCUUCAUUUAUUGUGUAACGAUUAAAACGGAGUAGGUAGACAUCUGUUUCUGCCGUCAGAGUGACAUACAGAAUCGUAACAGAACGAUCUAGAUACACAAAGAGAACUUUGUUUUGAUUGGUUUAUUGUCAUGAAUACAAGACAUAAAUAUUUUCAAGUUUUUUGUAAAGGAAUCUAAUAAUAAACAUAUUAUCGAGUGUGUUGUAUAAAAAUUUUUAUUGAUAUACUGAAGUUUUUCAGACAUUGAAAAUUGUUUUACGUUACUCCGAUUUUUUGUUGAUAAACCAUUGAAUGAACAAUAUAUAUCUUGGAGUAAACUUCUUGAAGUAUUUUUCUCCAAACUGUUUAAGCUUCAUGGAGAAGAAAAAUAACUCCAAAGAUGAAUGGGGAGCUGAGAUAGGCUCCCACAUUCAAAGAGUUGCAAUGAAUAAUUUAAUCAUGAACUAUUUAGUGACUGAAGGGUUCAAAGAAGCUGCUGAAAAAUUUCAACAAGAAUCUGGAGUAGGCCCUACCAUAGAAUUAAACUCUAUGGAUGACAGAAUUCGUAUCAGAGAUGCAGUACAAAAUGGACGCAUUCAAGAAGCUACUGAUUUAGUUAAUCAACUUCAUCCAGAAUUGCUUGAUAAUGAUAGAUAUUUGUACUUUCAUUUACAACAAUUGCAUUUAAUCGAACUAAUACGCACUGGAAGAAUUGAAGAAGCCCUACAAUUUGCUCAGGAACAGCUCAGUGAAGCUGGUGAGUCAGAUGACAAUAUUUUAAGUGAAUUAGAAAGAACACUUGCUUUAUUAGCAUUUGAAGAACCUCACAAAAGCCCAUUCAGUGAUUUAUUACAUCCAUCUCAUAGACAGAAGGUUGCAAGUGAAUUGAAUACAGCAAUUUUAAAAAUGGAACACAGAGAAUCUACGAAUCCACGACUUAAUAAUUUACUUAAAAUGAUUCUAUGGGCUCAAGAUGAAUUAGAUAAGAAAAAAAUAAGAUACCCAAAAAUGACAGAUUUAGGAAGCGCCAAGUUUGAAUAUCAAAAAUUCCAUAUCAAACAAAAGAGAAGACAAAAAUAAGGAUGAAAGUAUAAAACAUUUAAUCAAUCAGAAGGUAUAAGUCUCCUUUUUACUUCUGCACAAAACCUGAUUAUUUUUGGUCUCAUAAGAGGUGUGGAUAAAAGGAUGAGUGAGUAUACAAAUCAAGGAAUAAAAUGAUUAUAUAAUUUUUAUGGUAGUUCAAAAAUUUUUCACAUUAAAUUAGAAUAAACAUUGUAUCAUAAUAGUA